AUGUCUGGAAAGUUUGAGCCCAAGAACCCUGUCACCCUGGCCCCUCCCAAGGAUGACCCCAUCACCCUCGAGGAGUUGGCCAAGGCCGAUGGCUCAGACCCCAAUGGAAAGACAUACGUGGCGAUCAAGGGAAUCGUAUACGACGUAACAGGUAACAAGGCAUACCAAGCAGGAGGAUCCUACAACGUUUUUGCUGGAAAGGACGCCUCUCGUGCUCUCGGAAAGACCUCAACAAAGGCUGAGGACGUCAGCGCCGACUGGCAGGAUCUUCCUGACAAGGAGAAGGGUGUCCUUAACGACUGGAUCACCUUCUUCUCUAAGCGCUACAACAUUGUUGGCCGCGUCGCUGGCGCUACCAACUUUGAAUGA